ACAGGGUUCAUAAGAUACACAUGAUAGAUGCACACCACACUUUAGCAUCAGCAGGGGCCGGACAUACUAGAGCCAUCAACAUAGCAGAGGGGUGCCUUAGGAGAUGGUUGGAAAAAUUCUAUGAACAAGGAAGGCCAUCAGUCGCCGAUUGUGCAGAAGUGGGGUGUUCUAUCUACAACCAUGCUUAUCACACUAAAAGAGUUGAUAGGAAGUAUACAUUUCAGGUGCUGAUGGCUGGGUGGGAUUUGAAAGAUGGGGAUGAAGUUGCAACCCCCUCCAUUUGUAGCUUCCACGAGGGAGGGUGGUUUGAGGUUGAGGAGUUCUACUCUUGUGGCUCCGGCAAGAAGUAUGCUGAUGCGAGGUUAACAAAGUACUACGAUAUUGAUAUGUCUGAGAGGAAUGGGAUAAAAUUGGCUUUGGAGUGUUUGGUAGAUGGUGCCACUUAUGACAUACCUCAAUCAGGGGGCUAUACAAACAUUUGGAUCAUUAGAAAUGGUCAGAUAGUUAAAAAACGUAGACUAAGGUUGGAGGACUGGACAGAGCGAUGGGAGAUAAAUCAAAAGGAGGCCUAGCUUUGGAGUCUUUGGUGGACUGACUGACUGUUCCAUGGUAAUUCAUUUUAGAGUGUAACUUGUAUACAAUCUCAUUAUUUCUUAGAUAAUGAGAUUGAUGGAUCCGACUGAUGCUUGUUUAAUAUCUGAGAAACAGUUUUAAUAGUAGGUGUUGAGAGACACCAUGUAGAGGAAUCAAUAGAUAAGCAAACAUUGAUAUUUCAGAAUUAUUAUGAUACAGCAGCUGAGCAAUUUUGCAAUUGCUGCCAGAAGUAGAUUUAGCUAAGUGCAGA